ACUUUGCGGCCAGUCUGUGCGGUGUGGGGCUUGGCACAGCGCGAUGUCCGAGAAGAAGCAGCCUGUCGACUUGGGUCUCCUGGAAGAGGAUGACGAGUUCGAGGAGUUUCCUGCGGAAGACUGGGCUGGCUUAGAUGAAGAUGAAGAUGCACAUGUUUGGGAGGAUAAUUGGGAUGAUGACAAUGUAGAAGAUGACUUCUCCAAUCAGUUACGCGCUGAGCUGGAGAAGCAUGGUUACAAGAUGGAGACCUCAUAGCUUCCAGGAAUGUACCAGGAACCUUUACCAUGGAAUCUACCAUAGUCUAGGACAGAGAAACCAGGACGUGAUACUUUAAAGAACAUGUUUAUUUCAUUAUCUGCUUGGAUUUAUUUUUGUUUUUAUAAC